AUGGGAAGUGAAAGGGUGAAUCUUCCACCUGGCUUUGUCUUCUCUCCAACAGAUGAAGAGCUAAUACUUCACUUUCUUUAUCCCAAGGCUUUCCUUCUACCCUGCCAUCCCAAUAUCAUCCCUGACCUUGAUCUCUCUCUCUUUCACCCUUUCCAACUCAGCGGAAAGGCGUUGUCUUGUGGAAACCAAUUCUAUUUUUUCUGCAAGUAUAAGAAGAGAAGAGUGACAGAAAGUGGGUAUUGGAAGGAAAUAGGUGUGACUGAAUCAGUAGUUUCAGCUGAAGGCAAGAAAGUUGGGAUCAAGAAGUAUUCAGUGUUCAAAAAUGGAGAAGCUCCCCAUGGUACUGAAACCAGUUGGGCCAUGCAAGAGUAUCAUCUUUGCUCUUCUGGGUUUAACAUUCAAGGAAGCCCAAAACCUGAUCAUAAAAGUAAAUGGGUGCUGUGCCGAGUCUAUGAAAAGACGAUGGAUUCUGAAGAUGAUGAUGAUGAUGAAGAUGGAAGUACAGAGCUUUCAUGGAUGGAUGAAAUGUAUAUGUCGACGUUGGAUGAAGAAGAAGAAGAAGAAGAAAUUAGCUUCCCUAACUAGAUUCAAAGCUAAAUUACAUGUACAACAUCUAGUUAAUCACAUUCUUUGUUGCUAUUGUCUCUUCAACCUCCUUCUGUACCUUGCAUGUUAGCUUUGCAAAUGUCAAAUCUUUUUUUAUUAG